AUGGCACCAAAAUCGGCAGCAAAGAAGGCUGCUCAAGAAGGAGUAGAAGUACUGACCAUUUCCACCACCAACACCACCUCAAACGACAACAUCGACAGCUGGAAUGACCCUGAGGACAAGACAGACACAGACACGCGGGAUACAUCCCCAACUUCUUCCUCAGCAGGAUCGGCACCUAUUAGCAACAGUUCCUCGAACAGUCUUGACAGCAGCGCGGGGAGUGACAGUGUCGGUACCAAGCGCAGCGCCAGCAGAAAGAAAAAUCAGAAGCGAAGGGAGGCAGCUAAGAGGAACAAGUCAGGAGCUACAACACCCACAACAACAACAACGCCUACACCAGCACCACAAGAACAACUCGAUAUCAUAACAGAGAAGAAUGUCAUUACCGAAACUGUCACACUCCACAAUAUCAACACAACGACGCCAUUACCACCAACCGACCUGGACAGCUCGCUGCAGGAGGACAGGACAACAAUUGAAUCUCAACCAGACAACGCACCAGAACUAUAUGAAGAUUCUUCAGAACCUGCCUUCUCCGAGCCGACAACAGCCAACUUGCUAGGUCUAGACGAUGUCGUACAAACAGACGACUCUCUGCUUCCACCUCCUCCUACCAAGAACAAACUCGAAAUCGCCCACAUUUGGCUGCAAGACACCAACCAAGAAUCAAGUGUCACUGGGCAUGGCACUUCCAUCAUACCUGGAAUGCAACCCAGGCGCCCAGCGCCAGCAGCAGCAGAAGUCCAUGAUUUCCCACCCUUGAAAUCUGAAAUCGAAAUCUUUACCUCACCAACAAUCUUGAAAGGGUCUGAGGCCGUCCCUAAUGCAGAGACCGAAAUCGGGACCCAGAUCGAGACGGCAGUGGAACACAAUCAGUUUCACUCGUGGAGUAGUGCCAGUGAGCGUAUCGUUGUUGGUGCGAUCCAAUGUCUUACCGAGACCAAGGAUAUGGAACUCUCCUAUGUCUCACUCCUCUCUGCCAUCACUGUCCUCAACAGCCGGCACGCCGACAGUGACAACUAUGGAGGAGUAGAUAGUGACAAGGAAACCGUGCGACAGGAGGUCAUUUCGCCCGAUGCGUUGUACAUUCGACUCUACAAGGCUAUUCUGAAUGCUGGCUGCCAUCUGCAGGACGAGGAUCAUGUUCGUCUGGGUCAGUUCUUAUUCGACCGACAAAACACCGAAGACUCUCUCUACUGCUUGAACAAGAUUAGUCCAACCCGAUGGACCAGCCACAUCUACCGCCUGGCCAUCUCCUGCCACCUCUUCACCCAGCCCCGCCAUCUCCAUGAGGCUGAGAUCCUUUUCAACCAGUACCUUGCCCACAACAAGUUACUCUCCUCCUCUCCUUGGUCCUCCUCCCCUUCCACUUCCCCUUCUGCGACAAACCAAGGAAGACCGAUGCGAGGCAGCAGAGCAUUAAAGGGCAUGGACCGCGAACAGUUCACCAAGGGCCUAAUUCAGAAUUGGUUCAAGCAGCAGUUGGAUGCAUCUAAAUGGGACGAGAUCAAGGCUCAGUACGAACGGAGAAGGGCUAGGUUGUUGGAUGCUCCUUCCAAUAUUGAGCGGUUCUCGGCGUCUUUGCUGGAUAUGGAUUCUCUGUCUGUAAGGUUGAGCGCGCACAGGAGAGGAGGGUCAAGUGUCUCGAGGGCUUCAGUUGUGGCUGAUUAUGGGUCUGCCGCCUCUAGUUCAGCCGAGUCCUUAGCACCAACAUCAGCAGGAACGACCGGUACCACUCUAGUACCUACGUUGGCCGCAUCAGAACCAGCGCCACCAGUCGCCACCCAACCCAGGCGCUCAUCUUUUUCGUUGUUCUCCGCGUUCAGGUCCUCCAAACCCACAGCUGCUACCCCUCCAGUUCCCACCAUCCAAACACGCGACAUGCCCAGGCCCUUGUCUCUCCCAAGCGCAUCCACAAACACCAUCCAAGUGAACCGUCACCUCGCCAUACUUGACAACGGCAUGCUGGAGGAAUGCGUCAACCACAAACAGUUCGAGUACGGAUGGAGUAUCUAUGAGCGUAUGGGACCGUCGCUGGAAGACAAGGAUACUGCCAAGAUUGCAAUGCGGCUUUGUAAACGCGCCUUUUUGGGGCAUGGGUUGGGGUCAAAUUCGCCUGGGUCGCCUAGCGUUUUGGCGAAGGAUGUUUAUUUCGAGGAUGAGGCUGUUCGAUGGGCAACGACUGGCGAGCAGAGCGCACGUAUGGGAGCAGGAGGAGGAGGAUCAGAGUGUAGUAAGACGGUACAGGAGGAUCCCGAGAUCUGGGAGGCACGUGCCUGGGUGAUUUACAACAAGGCCACGAUGAACCCCUACUUCCUCAACUCCACCGGCAGCCCUUCCAACUCGCCUACUCAAACCCAAAGUCCCAGUGUUGCUCCCGGUGCUACUUCCUCCACCUCCGCCGCUACUGGCACCAGCAGAGGGAAUGGGGCCUUGACGAGUCCAGUAUCAUCCAUGGCGGGCACGACAGCUCUUUCAGUCUUUCUGCACAACAUCUUGACAAUCGCUAUCAACUCUCAGGAGCGAUCGUCACGGUACCUCAAGGCAUUCAGGAUCUAUAGCACCAUGAGGAACGACCCUUUGGGCCAGUACCAGUCGCAGCUCAGGGAUCCGUUUGUGAUGACUUGUAUGAUCAAGGCCAUCUAUGAUACCGUCCUCAUCCUCGUCAGGGUACAAGAUCAGCAGCGAUAUCAGCAGCAGCAACAACAACAACAACAACAACAACAACAGCCAUCUUCGGCAGCAACAUCACAGCAGCGAAGAGCAUCUGUGACUUCACUUGCACCCAACCAACAGCAGACGCAGCAGAUGACGAUUGGACCGUUGAUUGACCUAGCGUUCGAGAUCUAUGCGGACAUGCGGAAUGUGGGACCCAUCCGCCACUUGCCUCGGUUGAGCGCACUCGCUCCAUCUACACCAACCCCAAAAACCCCGCAAACUGCCCAGGCUGUAACGGCCGGUAGAAACAUGGGUAGUAGCAUGUCGAUUUUCUUUCAACUGUCCAAUCGCACCCCAGCAUCGUCCUCCACAGUUGUUGAUCUUUCUGCCUGUGGCGUGACUGCACCCUCCAACGGAGUCCCCCCCGCCAACCCCGCCAACACCCCCCUCACUACAUCUGCAACCACCAAUUAUACUACUGGCUUCUAUUCUACCCCCACAACCUCAUACAGUUCAUCACACGCUCUCCCCUGCGUCCUCCAAGACCUAAACCCAACCCUCCACCCCACCAUCGUCGCCCGUCGCCUCCCGACAGAACUCUACCUCGCCCUCCUCCACCUCUGUAUCCAAGUCCCCCUCUCCGGCGUCAGCGUCUCCUCCCAAGUCGUUAAAACCAUCGUUGCAGACAUGGUGUCCACAAAACCUGGACAGCAGCCUGCGAAUCUAGAUCGACACCUUUCGGCGGCGUUGCAAGUGUAUCACGAUCGAUGGAUGUGUCGGACAGUGGAACUUAAAGGACGACGGAGGUGUCAGAGUAGCUCUGGUCGAAGGACUCAUGUUGAUGAGAGUGAUGGAGGCGAAAGAGAGCUGGAGGGAGUUGAUGAUUUGGAGACAGAGGAGGUUCAACAGGAUGAUGAUGAUGAUUCAGAGGAAGAGAUUGAAGAGGGAGGCUGUAUUUUCCAUGGGUGGAUGUACCGCCCAGAGGAGUAUGUCCUCAAACACAUGGCGUCCUCUUCCAGUUCCUCUUCCGGCGACCUUGCCAACAGCAACAACACAUCAAUCAACGCAGACGAACUCCCUUCACAGUCUGCAGAGGAGAAGGACUCGCCGUUCGAGGUAUCAAAGUAUGAUGCGGAUCUGGAUGAACUGGACCGGUACCUUGACAAGAAGAAAGCCGGUCUCUCCGAUGAGAGAAACAACAACAGCAGCGACAGGAGAGGUCAGAAUACAAGCGAGGGCGCGGCGGGGGGGAACAGUUGGAUGGAGGGGCUGGACCAUGAUACGUGUAAUGGGCGGUUUUAUUGGGACAUGUGGGACCGAGAGGAUCCGGUGUUGCAGGAGAUUCAGUUCUCGAGAAGAAGGGCGAGGAUGUUAUGGCGCCAUGUCGCUGAGCUUUGA